GGCGGAGCCCGGCCUGGCUGAUCCCUAGGCGCAGGGGCCCGGCUCCCGGGACCUUGAGAAGGUAGCAGAGCGGCAGCCACAUGGCCUUUGCCUCCGAGGACAAUGUAUACCACAGCUCAAAUGCCACCUACAGAGCCUCAGGCAGCCCUCACAAAGCUGACCAGGAAGCGCUGCUGGGGAAACUGCUAGACUACCCAGCCCCCGGCCUGCAGAGGCCAGAGGACCGCUUCAAUGGAGCCUACAUCAUCUUCUUCAGCCUGGGAAUUGGGGGCCUACUCCCCUGGAACUUUUUUGUUACUGCCAAGGAGUACUGGGCAUUCAAACUCCGCAACUGCUCCAGCCUGGCCUCAGGGACGGACUCUGAGGACACAGACAUCCUGAACUACUUUGAGAGCUACCUGGCGGUUGCCUCCACUGUACCCUCCCUGCUCUGCCUCAUGGCCAACUUCCUGCUCGUCAACAGGGUCCAGGUGCAUGUCCGUGUUCUGGCCUCACUGUCCGUCUCACUGGUCAUCUUUGUGGUUAUGAUUGUGCUGGUGAAGGUGGAUACUUCCUCCUGGACCCGGGGCUUCUUCACUGUCACCAUUGUGUGCAUGGCUAUCGUCAGCGGCUCCUCCACCAUCUUCAACAGCAGCGUGUAUGGCCUGACGGGCUCAUUCCCCAUGAGGAAUGCCCAGGCACUGAUAUCAGGAGGAGCCAUGGGAGGGACAGUCAGCGCUGUCGCCUCGCUAGUGGACCUGGCAGCAUCCAGUGACGUGCGGGACAGCGCCCUCGCCUUCUUCCUCACUGCAGCUGUCUUCCUUGGGCUCUGUGUGGGGCUCUACCUACUGCUGCCUCGGCUGGAGUAUGCCAGGUACUACAUGAGGCCAGUUGCCCCAGUCCACAUGUUUUCUGGUGAAGACAGCCCAUCACAGGACGCUCCUGGCACCUCCUCGGUGGCCCCUGGGUCCAGAGUGGUACACACGCCACCCCUCGGACCUAUCCUGAAGAAGACAGCUGGCCUCGGGUUCUGUACCAUUUCCCUCUAUUUUAUCACUGCCCUCAUCUUCCCUGCUAUUUCCACCAACAUCCAGUCUGUGCACAAGGGCACCGGCUCCCCGUGGACCUCCAAGUUUUUUGUGCCCCUCACUGUCUUCCUCCUUUUCAACUUUGCUGACCUCUGCGGCCGACAGGUCACAGCCUGGAUCCAGGUGCCAGGUCCCAGGAGCAAGGUGCUCCCUGGACUGGCACUGUUGCGUGUCUGCCUUGUACCUUUCUUCCUGCUCUGUAACUACCAGCCACGAUCACACCUGACUCUGGUGCUCUUCCAGUCCGACAUCUACCCUGUGCUCUUCACCUGCCUGUUGGGGCUCAGUAACGGCUACCUCACCACACUGGUGCUCAUCUACGGGCCCAAGAUUGUGCCCCGGGAGCUGGCGGAGGCCACCGGUGUGGUGAUGUCUUUCUACAUGUCUGUGGGCUUGAUGCUGGGUUCAGCCUGUGCAGCCCUGCUUGAACACUUUAUCUAGGAGGGGCGGCGAGGAUGUAUGUACUGUGUGAGGCAUGGGCCCUUGGGAGAUUCACAGGGGGAGCCGAGGUCUCAGAUGGUGUCAAGCAAGGGGCUGGUGUUGCGUUCGGUGCAGAGCAGAGCCCACUCAGGUUGCCUUUCUCUAGGGGUGCUUUUGAGCCACCUGGAAGGAGACAUUCCAGACACAGCCCAGCAUGGUGGCUCAUACCUGUAAUCCCAGCAUUCACAAAGCUAACU